GACCCACCAACCCCGUCGUAAAGAUGAGUAGCGAAGAGGUCGUCGUCGCCGUGGAGGAGCAGGAGAUCCCGGACGUAAUCGAGCGUCUUCCCAAGCCCGACAAGGCCGAGCACGAGGCCAAGAUCUCUGUGCUCGAUGGCGCCAUCAAGAAGCUCCAGGCGCGCUCCAAUGUGAUCCGCGCCGAGAUGGACGCGCUUAAGACGAACCGUGGCGGCUACGGCGGUCCGAUCCAGGAGGCCAAGGCCAAAUUCGCGUCUCUGCGUGCAGAGAAGGACAACCUCAUCCAGCAGCGUAACCAGAUCACGGCGCGUCUGCGUCAAACCCGCGACGAGAAGGACUCGACUGUUAAGCAGCAGCGUAGUGUGCGUGCCAACCUUAAGUACGGUUCUGUGGCCGAGUUCGACUCUGCUAUUGCCGAGCUUAAGCACAAGCAGGAGACAAGUUCAAUGUCUCUUAACGAGGAGAAGCGUGUGAUCAAGGAGAUCGAGCAGCUGCAGGCCCAGAAGCAGCAAGUCAGUGGCUACUCGGACGACCAGGGCGUCGUGGAGAAGCAGAACGAGAGCAUUAAGGAGAUCCGCGCGCUUCAGACCAAGAAGAACGAGGACAUUGACGCUAUUCAGGAGAAGCUGAACGAGCAGAAACAGGCGUUGGACGAGCUGUACCGCUUGAACGAGGAGGAGAACAAGAAGGAUCAGUUCCCAGUGCUCGCAAAGGAGCGUAAGGAGAUCAAGGAGCAGCUGGACGACAAGUUUACGGCCAUUAAGGCGCUGCGGAAGGAGUUCAAGGAAGCCAACGACAAGUACUACAACAACAUCCGUCUUGUGCGCAAGAAGAAGGAGAUGGAGCGCCAGAAGGAAGAGGAAGCUCGUAAGGCCGAGUACGAGGCCAAAUUGGCCGAUUACGAGAAGGAGAUGGCCAAGAUCCACCCGCACCAGGACGAAAUGGACCUGUGCGACGCUCUUGUGAGCUUCCUAGAGAAGACGUACGCGAAGGAGCUCAAGGAAGAGGACGACAAGGCUGCUGAGACUUCUGCGGCUCCUCUUGUGCUGGACGGAAUGAAGCCUCUGCAACGCAAGGAAGAGGACUUUAUGAUGCUGGGAGGAGGCAGUAAGAAGGGCAAGAAGGGGCGCAGUGGAAAGAAGACCAAGAAGGCGACCAAGCUGGUACUGCCGCUCGCUCAGAUGGAGGCGUUCAGCACCGUCGGCUUGCUGCCUCCUACGUCUGCUGCUGCUGUGUCGGAGUCGCUGACGGCUGUCAAGGCCAAGAAGGUCUGGUUCAACGAGCAGACGUCUCGUGUUAAGGCUGACAAGCCUGCCGAGCCUGCUGCUGAGCCCUCGGCUGCUCCUGCCAAGCCCACUUCUCCUCAGAAGAAAAGCAACAAGAACAAGAAGUUCAACGCCAGUGACAAUGACGCUUUCCCGUCACUCGGUGGCGUCGCUGCUGAUCUCCCGUCGUGGGGUCCGGGCAUGGCUCCUGUCGUCGCUGAGCCUGCAGUCGCCGCAGAGUUCGCGGACGCCGACGUCGUGACGGAGAGCGAGUAAAAGUCUCACGACAGAAUGGAGUCAAGUACGUAGCAUGGAAUGGGGACAGCGACGCCAAGGAAGCUUCUUGUGAGUGGCUCUGGAACUUUGUAACUCUCGUGUCUUGUCUUCCACAACAGGUAGUAAUACAGUAGAUACUUCCAACGUUGUUAUCGACGUACCGGU